AUGAACGGCAACAGUCAUGCUCCAAUGGACACAGAGUCGAACGAAAACAAAAAAUCUCGAAUGGAAUAUGUUGAAACAGUGCCUUCAAAAGUGGUUCACAUUCGGAACGUGCCUGGUGACGCAUCAGAACAUGAAAUAGCUCUGCUGAGUAUCCCUUUUGGAAUGCUUGAAAACAUGGUUUUAUCGAAAAAAGCUGGUCAGGCUCUCGUCGAGAUGCAGUCAUUGGACAGUGCGAUACAGAUGGUCUCGUACUAUCGUGAAUAUCAAGUCACUCUACGCGGCCGAACACUGAUAAUGCAAUUCUCCAAACAUCAGCAUCUAGAGCUUAUGUCUGAAAACAGUCAGAUAGUCGAGGCGAUCAACAACGCUAACUGCAUAGUACAGCAGGACCUCAGCGGAGCAAACUCUGGUGUCCCAAACUCUGUUUUGCGUGUCAUAAUCGACUAUAUCAUGGGACAACAGAUCAACCACACUAUUCUCCAUAAAAUUUUUUACCGAUAUGGAAAAAUCUUACGCAUCAUAACAUUUCCGAAGAACAAUCAGUAUCAUGGACUGAUUGAAUUCGAGAACCAUAUUCAUGCGUUUGUUGCAAUGUUGCAUUUGAAUGGACAAAAUAUUUAUACUGGGUGCUGCUCACUGCUUGUUGAGUUUUCGAAAAACCGGGGUCCUUUGGAAGUACGACAUGAAAGUGACAAAUGCCGUGACUACAUCAAUAACCCUCUGACGGAAGAAGAAUUGGUGAACCUCAAACGUCCUACCAGUUCCUCACAAGGCGGUGGCGCCGGCGUUGGCCAUCAUUCCAGCAGUGGUAGCAGCUUGCCCCCGAAUUUCCAUGGUGCUGUUGUACCCAGCAUGACACCACAAGGUAUCCACUUCCCAACUGGCCUGAUUGCUUCCCCUAGCACCAGUGGUGCUGCUAUUAACGAUCUCACGGCUCAGCUUGCCGCUUUAGCUCAGCAGUCCGGUCUGGCUCUUACACCGGCUGCAGCUGCGGCUACGGCCAGUUUUAUGGCCUUAACUGCCCAAAACAAUCCAGCUGCCCUACAAGCAAUGACAGGAAUGCCCAAUCUGGCAGUCCUGUUAGCAGCUAUGCAGGGUGGUACUGUACAGAAUCCAAUAAUUUCCCACCUCACUGGUCAUAAUGCGAACGCACUGGGUCCUAUGCAACAUUCUAUGGCGCCGCAGGUUACUGCACGCACACCAUCGAACAACAACGGCGGUACCGUACUCAUUGUUUCCAAUUUAAAUGAGGAGGCACCUCCGAAGCAUUGUCCGAGUCUGUUGGGGACACCAGGUGUAUACGGCGAUGUUACGCGUGUAAAAAUCAUGUUCAACAAAAAGGAUACGGCCUUGAUACAGUUUACCGAUGCUCAACAAGCAUCCACCGCCCUACAGUUUCUUUCUGGCCAGCGCCUGUGGGGGAAGCCUAUGAAAAUUGCGGUCUCGCGUCACAAUGUUGUACAGCUUCCAAGAGAAGAGCCCGAAAAUGGUUUGACCAAAGACUAUAGCACUAGUCUUUUGCAUCGUUUUCGGAAACCAAACUCGAAAAACUUUCUGAAUAUCUACCCUCCUAGCCAAAUUCUACAUUUGAGCAAUAUUCCCCCAACUAUCGCGGAAGAAGACAUAAGACUCCUUUUUGCUACCAAGGGUUUCGACGUCAGUGGUUUCCGCUUCUUGCAGAAAGAUAGACGAAUGGCGCUUGUACAGCUGGAAUCUGUGGACACUGCUAUUCAAGCACUCAUCGAGCUUCACAACAGCCAACUGACAGAAAACUCGCAUUUGCGAAUCAGCUUCAGCAAAUCUAUGGUUUGGAAUCCAAUGGGCACAUCCUGA